GUGGGGGUGAAAUGUACGGUUAGCACUGCUGUCCUGCGGGGAGGGCGUCCGACACAGAGCUGCAGUUUCUCCUCAAGAGGCGAGGAAUGCGAGCUGAGCAUCGAUGUUUCACUGGGGCAAGUGGAAGAAGAGGAUGGGAGCCAAUAGUUCUUCAAAGAGGCCAGUUUACGACGAAAAGGAAGAUGUGACCUUCGACCACUUCCAGAUAUUACGGGCCAUCGGGAAAGGAAGCUUUGGAAAGGUGUGCAUUGUGCAAAAGAGGGACACGGAGAAGAUGUAUGCCAUGAAGUACAUGAACAAGCAGCAGUGCAUAGAGAGAGAUGAGGUCCGAAACGUCUUUAGAGAGCUUGAGAUCCUUCAGGAAAUUGAACAUGUUUUUUUAGUAAAUCUCUGGUACUCCUUCCAGGAUGAGGAGGACAUGUUCAUGGUGGUGGACCUGCUGCUGGGCGGAGAUCUGCGCUACCACCUGCAGCAGAGCGUUCAGUUCAGCGAGGACGCCGUCAAACUCUACCUGUGUGAGAUGACGCUGGCGCUCGACUACCUGCAGAACCAGCACAUCAUCCAUAGAGAUGUGAAGCCAGACAAUAUCCUGUUGGAUGAGCAAGGUCACGCCCACCUGACGGAUUUCAACAUAGCAACAAUAAUAAAGGAUGGAGAGAGAGCCACAGCCUUAGCUGGAACCAAGCCUUACAUGGCCCCAGAGAUCUUCCAGUCUUUUGUGAGUGGGGGCACGGGCUACGCCUUCGAAGUAGACUGGUGGUCACUCGGGGUGACGAUCUUUGAAGUACUGCGCGGAUGGAGGCCCUAUGACAUCCACGCCAGUAACUCUGUGGAGUCCCUAAUUCAGCUCUUCAGCACAGUCAGUGUGCAGUACAGCCCGGCCUGGCCCAAGGCCCUGGUUUCCCUCCUGAGGAAGCUUCUGACAGUGAACCCGGAGCAUCGUUUCUCCGGCCUGUCCGACAUGCAGGCAUCUCCUUACCUCGCUGACGUCAACUGGGACGCCGUGUGCGAGAAGAAGCUGGAGGCCGGAUUUGUUCCUAACAAAGGACGCCUCCACUGCGACCCCACCUUUGAGCUGGAAGAGAUGAUCCUGGAGUCCCGUCCCUUACACAAGAAGAAGAAGAGACUGGCCAAGAACCGGUCCCGUGACAACAGCAAGGAUUCUCAGUCUGAGAACGACUACCUACAGGAGUGCCUUGAAGUGGUGCAGCAAGAGUUCAUGAUCUUCAACCGCGAGAAGUUCAAAAGGCGUCAGGAGGAAGGUCAGUCAGAGGCCGGCGGCGAUGACGCCACCGACGAAGGAGAAGCCGAGGCCGGGGCCACCGACGAAGAUGCGCCCGAGCCAGAACCCGAGCCCGAACCCGAGCCCGAGGCCGAGUCCUCCUCCAAACUGAGCAUGUGUGGCUCUGUCUGCUCCUCCCCCGCCAGCUGCUAGCACCGCAGCUCCUGGCGGGUGAUGGCGGCGGCGGCAGGUCUCCCCCUGGCCGCCCUGCAGUGUUCGUGCCGCGUCCAUAGGCGCUCUCUGUCGUAGCCGGGAGCCGAGGGGGCGCGAAGCCGGACCCAAAAUGGCUCCCACUAUUUCCCUCCUCUUUUUUCUUUUUUUUUUUUGGUAGCAUCUUUCCGCCGCGAAUGAAAGCAGAUUUCCAGAGAUUUGCCCGCCCCAGACUAAGCUCUAACUUCUAUGCAUCUUACGGUAUAGCAUGACAAAUAAGGUAUCAUUUACUAAGAGUUGUCCUACACGAGCAUGAUGAUGAUGUCCACGAGGUUGGCGUUUUGGUGAAGCCUUCACUCUUGGCCUCUCCGUUCAAAAUCUGACGGGGACGGAUGAAUUAUUCAGCAUACGCAGCAGGCACUCACUUUAUGUUGUCGCCCCUGUGUCUUUUAAUUCACAGACCCCCCCGUCGCCCUCCCCCAGCGCUGCCUCUUUCAUUCUGGAGCUCCUUCCUCCGGUUGCACUUUUGCAGAUUGUGUUCAUGUUGUCAACCUGUUUGAAGUGGUGCCUGCUGACGAUAAUCUGUAUUAAUCUCAUUAUAGCAAAAAUGUCCUCUUUCAAAGCUUCUCAAAUAUUCCAAACAUUAUUUGGAAAUCCGUACAGCAAACCGACUGAAAGGUUUUGUUUGUCAUUUGUUUCCCAAGAUGCAGUGUUUGAGCCCCGCCGACUCAUAGAGCGUUCAGAAACUCGGGGGGGAGGGGGGAGGUCUUCUGUAAAUGCCAAUCGCCGACGGUCACAUCUGUUAAGAAUCUAUUAGCAAAGCACCGCUUACUUCUUUUAGAUGUUGUGAUCUCUUUGUGCUUUGGUUAGCGCAAAGAUCAUCUCCCUGUAGAGCUUGUUCCUGUACUUUAAAUGUGUAGCUGUGCCCUGUCGGUACAUCAAAGUUGUGCAGAUGAGCUAGUCUGUUGCUGCCACAGUGACAGUGGUACAUUGAAGGAGGCACUGUUGGAUCUCAGUCUGAUCGCCCGGGAACUUGUAGCAAAGGUUCACCUUGAAACCCAUAAGGCCUGAUACAAUGAAAACAAUGUACAUAGCAGACGGUAUAGGUUACUUAAAUUCACCACAGUUUUAUGUGGGAUUGCGAAAUCAACAUACAAACUAAAGGAAGAGCUGCGUGAAGCUUCACACUGCUUUGUUCUGCUCUUUUUUCCAAGUGUGCAGGCACAACUUGUAGGCAAAAUAUGCCAAAGCUUUUCUACCAUUUGCAUAACCAUUUCUAAGGAACUUCAAUGUGUGAGUGUGCGUCUCUUCUUCCUAGUAUAACGUAAAGUCAAUGUUCCUUCUGCGAGCGAAAAGGCUCUCAUUUAUACAUUUUGUGAUUAUGUAUAAGGUAUCUAUUUCAGGUAAGGGGGCGGGGGGCCUUAAUGUAAUAGUUAACAAUUUGGGGAAAAACACCCAGCAUUAUAGUGGUUAUAAUUGCCUUUGCUCGAAUAGUUUUAACAUUUCCCACCUGGCAAAGCUGAAUAUGCCUAUUGGUUGUUUUUACACUUCUCAAAUGAGCGGGAUAUCACUUUCAUGUCUGUGCGAGGCGAAGCUUCACGUGACCACCGGGAGCCGGAGAAAGCAGCAGUUAUCUGUCCAAAGUUGAACAACCCACUUAUCAGGACGCCCCAAAAGCCUUGUGGUUUCUUUCGUUUAAAUGAUGCACAAACUGUAAAGCCGGGCUGCACAUUUUAUGUGUAACUUAUGAUGCCUCCAGUAGCCCAGAAGUUUCUUUCUCAUUUCUCCAUUGUGAUAUAUUUGAGAGGGGUUGCCUAUGAAAAGACAAGCCAAAUAUAUAUUACUUAAUUAACAUGACUACAAACUCCAUUAUAUUAAUCCGUUUUAAAACUUUAUUUUUUAUUAAAACCUAUAAAAGAACAUGAGUAUGCUGCUGUCUGCGUUGUAAUUGUACAGUCUAAUGAUAAUAACGUAGCAGUGGGCUUGUUUGCAGUAGCUCGAUGCAGAGUUUGUGUUAGUUUAUUCUCUCUGCGUUCGGUUGACACGCCGCUAUGCUAGCUCGGUACCCCGCAGGAUGAUUAGCCUCUAACAAAAGAGGUGAAAUGUGACACUAACUUACAUCCACAAGUCGUAUUAUUAACAUGUUGUGCGCUGAGUGAGGCUAACAUUAAGCUACCUAGCAACAUUAAGCUACCUAGCUAACAUUAAGCAUGGAGUUGUUGGAAGGCACAUUUGAUGAAGCCGAGCUGAGUAAGUAAUACGUUAUGUAGCUAAUUAUCUUUUUUUAAGUAUAUUUGUCACAUGUAAUUAUUACAUUUCAAGUGACUGACAAUAGUUUCUACCACCAAUGUAGCAGCAGAAUAGCUGCUAGCUAGCAUUGACGCUAGCUUGGAUUCUUCCUCGGGCAACGGUCGCACUGCUUGCAGGCCUUUUGAUAAGCUCAACAAAUGGCUCCACUGCCACAGCUUCCUGCAGCACAGACACGGGAGUGGCCCCAUCUUCUCAUCUCUCUCUUUUAGAAAUAACACGAAUAAAGCGCAUUUUCCAAAAUGUCAAAGGUAUUUGUUUAAAACAGUAAAGUACAAUUGGAUUCUUUUAAAGGAACAUUAAGUUGCAUCUUUCAAGUCCGCCAAAAUAAUUGAUAAAUUGAGUAGUUUUGAACCCUGCACUUUUUUUUGUUCUUUUUGUUGCAUGUACUUUUUACAAUAUAAGCCUGUUUCUGCCAAAGCCUGGAGCUUCAGCCUUACCGGCUUAUCUGUGCAUGCAAAAGCUUUUGGUAACACCGCACCUGAUUAUAGAAACAGUCACAAUCGGACUAUAACUUGGCCUGCGUAACUGUUUCUGAACAUGGGGUUUUGUGAAACUGUACAACAUUGUAUAAUCCCAGUGUUAUAUGGGCGGCAUGAUAUUGUUAGAUGAUACGCAGUACCUAUUGACACCCCGUAGGUUGUCUCAAUGCUUUGUUCAAGUACACAUGCUCGUACCCUUGCAGGAUGAGUGGAAUGAGGUCAGCGGUUGUGUGUGAAUCUCCGUUGUGCAUUAAAUGUUGCGUUAGAGGAAGAUUUGGAACUGGGGCAGUUUUUCACUUCACCCCAAAACAAACUUUGCUGCAUUAUUAAAAAUACUGAAUGUCUCAAUUUGUGUGGAAAGAAAAGGGUAAGACUAUUUCAGAAUAAACCCUGUUAAGAGUCAACACAGGCCUGACCUGGAUAUGUAGUUAUUGUAAUCAUCUCAGAGUGGAUAAUACGAUUUUGUUCAUCUAAGCGUAGCUUUUAUCUUAAGUUACAAUACUAAUCAACAGUUGUUCCUUGAUAUCAGUGAUUAUUUCCUAAUUGGAACGUGCUUGCAAUUCCUCCUGACAUGUUUCUUUAUCUGUUCUAAUGUCCUGGAUGCCGUUAGGCAUUGUGUUAGUAUUUGACCAGCAACAGCAUGUCUCCUAUUCCAUUUCCCCCCGGAUGCUCUCGUGUUGUACCAUACUGUAGACGUCUUAACUCUGUGGAUACAGUUAGAAGCUCAGUGCCCUGUUGAGAAAACGCAUCAAACAGAAGAUGUGAUUUUUCCCUCCUCUUGGUCCUGCUUUUCAUCAUGUUAUUAUACUGCAGGAUUUUUAGGGGGGAAUCAGUGAGAAGCGUUGCUACUGUACCAACGGAAACGUCUUUGUGUGUUUAGAAAAAUAAAUGCUGCUUUAACUGCUUUGAUAAAGUAAUAAAUCUCCCUUCAAAUAUU